GACCAAAAAAAGGAAAAGAAAGUAGCCGCCUCAUCUUCCUCGUCUGGACUCGACUCGUUGGCUCUCUAUAUGCGGAGCCCGAUUUAGGGUUUUCAUCCAAUUUAUCCAUCGAUUCACCAUCUCAUCUCCCUCAAAGCUCCAACACUCUCUCCGCUUGCAGGUUUUAAGUUAAGACCAUGCCUAAAGAGAGGAAACAACGCUCUGUAUCUCAUGAAAGGCUUAGAGGAUCGCCUAUGUAUUGUGAGUCAAGCCGUGCUCUGAAGCCUAGUGAGAAGCAAGUUAAGGAAUGGGAAGAAGCAAGAUGUCCUGUCUGUAUGGAACAUCCUCACAACGGAAUCCUUCUCGUUUGCUCUUCCUAUGAUAAUGGCUGCAGGCCUUACAUGUGUGACACUAGCCACCGGCAUUCCAACUGUUUCGAUCAGUACCGCAAAGCUUCUAAACAGACAGAAGGUGCAGCAGUAGCUUCAGCUUCAGCUUCCGAGGUGACAGUUGUGAAUCCGAGAGAGGAUGAAGAAGGCAUUGUGGCAACCGAAGGCAAACCGAAGCUUACUUGCCCGUUAUGCCGUGGAGAUAUAAAAGAAUGGGUAGUUGUUGAGCCUGCUCGAUGUUUCAUGAACGCGAAACAUAGAAGCUGUUCUUCCGAGACUUGUGAGUUCAGCGGAACCUACUCUGAUUUGAGAAAGCACGCGAGGCUGCUGCAUCCGGGAGUGAGGCCAUCAGAAGCAGAUCCGGAGAGGCAGAGAAGCUGGAGGAGGCUAGAAAGGCAGAGAGACUUGGGUGAUUUGCUUAGCACACUACAGUCUUCUUUUGGAGUAGGAGGAGAAGAGAGAAGCAGCAGCAAUGAAGAUGGGAUCAUGUCGUUUGAUGAUGGUGGUUGGCUUACAGUGUUCUUCCUCAUCCGCGUGUUUAGGCCAGAAUCAAGUGGUGGGGCAAGGAGUAGUAGUAGCAGCUGGUCAGGUACGUCUAGAGCUAGGUCACAUAUAGGUGUGAGAAGAAGAUCUUCAAGGCUUUGGGGAGAGAGCUAUGAAGGUGGUGAUACAGGAACAUCAGCAGCUAGAGAUGGGGAGAACAAUAAUCAGUCUUCUGAUGGACAAGAGUCUGGAACUCAAAGACGCCGUGUCAGAAGAAGAUAUUACAUUGAGGAUGAUGAUGAUGAUGAAGAGGCGUAAUGGCUCUCUCUCUCAAAGUAUACAAUUUGGUUUUUUAACUUUAUGAAACAAAAUAUUGGGGGAAACUUUGUAUUAAUAACCCCAACUCGUUAAAACCUAUUCUGUAAAAUUUCUUUGCAGAUUGAAAAAUGUUUCUAUUGAGAAACAAAAUGCUACAAAAUAAUUUAGUACCCUUUUACAAAA